AUGGACUGUAACUGCGUCAGUGAUCUGCUGCUCCCCCCGGUGCCCGCACUCUGGACGCCAGGGAUCGCCUUCCCAGACUGGGCCUACAAGCCUGAGUCGAGCCCCGGGUCCAGACAGAUCCAGCUGUGGCACUUCAUCCUGGAGCUGUUGCAGAAGGAGGAGUAUAACAGCGUGAUCGCAUGGCAAGGCGACUACGGAGAGUUUGUGAUCAAGGACCCGGACGAGGUGGCUCGGCAGUGGGGGUUAAGGAAAUGCAAACCUCACAUGAACUACGACAAGCUGAGCAGGGCACUGAGGUAUUACUACAAUAAGCGCAUUUUGCACAAAACCAAAGGGAAGCGUUUCACAUACAAGUUUAACUUCAGCAAGGUAGUGUUGGUGAACUACCCCCUUCUGGACAUGGCCAACUCUCCCUUCUUUCUGGCCCAGAACCACUUCAACGGGAGCUCCACCGCUCCAGACUGCAGCCCCGAGGCCAUACAGUCUCUGUUUCCUCGUUUGCCAGACUCCGGCAGGGGAACGUCCCUGUUUGAUCGAGGCACCACGGCACCGGGGCCCGAAGGAGACAAACUGAGACUGGAUGCAUUCCCCUUCCUCAGUACAGGUGCACCGUGCUACACCAAACCCCCAUCACUGCUGGGCCCGUACCCCCGCAACCCACCCUUCGACUACCCCUGGGGCUUCAACCCCUACCUCCCAGGGGCCUUCUCCCUCAAUAACUGCCCCAAACUGCCCCCUGGCUCCCUCUACCCCUCCCAGUUUUACCCAAACCCUUUGCAGAGCAGCCUUUCCCAGCUGCCUCACCCCUUCUCCUCCCUGCUCCCCCCAGGGGAGGCAGGUGGGGGUGAGAGGGGAGCAGCGGCGGGGCAAACCGGAGGGACAAACGGCACAGCGGGUGGUCAGCCAAUCAGACUCAUCAUGCCACCUUACCCCGGGAGCCUGUCAUUGGGUCGGACAGACGUUGGCAACGGGGCGUCAUUGGGGGAAAGAGCGGAGGCCAAUCCUCCAGCCACGGCGCUGGGUCUGGGGCUGGGAGCCAUCGGCCUCGGAGCCGGGGCAGGGACAGGCCGGCAAACCACCACAGAGAGGAGAGGAGGGGUGAAGCUGGACCCGGAGUCAGACUCAGACCUGGAGAUUACAGAUCUGAGCGACAGCAGCUCGGAGAACGAAAACGAGCAUGAGUCCAGCAUCGGGAAGGAAUCCAGGCUGGCGAACCGAUCUCAGAUAGUGUUGGAUGGAAAGAAAGGGAGCGUGCUGCCACCCAUCUCCUCUCUCCCCCCGACAGCGUCCCCACAUCCCCUGAAGAGGCCGAUGCCCAUCAGUCCCCCACCCCCGUCCCUGCCUCCAUCACUUUCCCCCUCUGUGGCUCUGCAUGACAGACACAAGGAGAAAGAGACUCUCAAAAUGAAACACAGCUAA